AUGCAUUCCGCGAACAUCAAUCUAUCUCAGUACACCGACUCCAUCUUCCUUCCGUUCGUUCGCAAGUUUAACACCCACCAUGUACCGCAAGUCAUGUGCACAGUUGAGGGCGUCGAAAUCAAGAUGCCCGUAGAUACUGGCUCUACCGGCACUCUGAUAGGAGCCCCGAUACUCCCUAACAUCUCAGCAACCGUGGGCACACCAGCACACCACUUCUUCACCAGCAGUAAGAUCCUCUACGUGGGCCGAUUGGUCCGACUUGCAAUGCACUUUGGUGGUGAGGCUGGCUCCUAUGCGACUGCGACGGUUCCAGUCUUGAUUGUCGACAAGAGUUGGAAAUGCCCUUGGUAUGACCCAAAGACGGACCAAUUCGAAUGCCCACCCGGUCCCAACGGAGAGAAGGCUGUAGAGAGAGACACUUCUGAGAUCACCUAUAUGGGGGUAGGCUUCGGGAGAAAUGGCGCAAAGGACGGUAUGCCCUACGCGUCACCUAAAAUCAACCCAUUCUUGAACAUCCAUGCUAUCAACGGAGAGCGGGUUUCUGACAGCUCAAUGCGGGCUGGAUAUAUUGUAUCAGCAGAGGGCGCUCAUAUAGGUCUGACACCGAAGAACACACGAGCUUUUGCAUUCGCCGCCUUAGACCCAGGCUUAACACACGCUGAAGACCCAAGGGAUUGGGCCAUGGCAAGCAUGUGCUUCAGCAUCAAUGGCGAGGGAAGAAACUGUGGUACUAUGCUCGUUGAUACUGGUAUAGCACAAAUGUACAUUCGAGCGGAGCAAGGCGUGUCGAUGCCGACUGUCAUCAUCCCCAAUCCCAACCCGAACGGCAAUGCAAGGAUGGUGAAGCGUGUCAAACCGGGCACUAAACUCAGUAUUGGCUUUCCCUCCCUAGAUCCACCGGCAACGUCCUACUCGUUCGUUGUCGGUGACAAUUCCACCAUCGAGCCUAGUUAUGUUUUCCCUCAGCUCUCAGAACAUCCUCCCUUUGUCAACACCGGACGCUGUCUACUGUUCGGCUACUCGAUCGCGUUCGAUGCGGGAGGAGGGUAUUUUGGUUUUCGGCAGGCCAGCAGUCCGGCAUCCUCGUCUGUAUUAUAA